GUUUUUUUACUAUUCACUUAACAAAUGAAAGUAAACGUACCUAGUAGUUUCCAUAAUGUUACACUCCAUUGGCAGCACAAUAGUUAUAAUUAUAUAUCCCAGAAGAAAACUGACAUCUUAGCAUUCGAACUUAAAGUGGAAUUUUGUAUAGAACACUGCAGAGAGAAUCACACAAGUUGACACAAUGACUAUAAUCAUGCUGUUCAUUGUUGUGUGUCUUUGCCUCACCUCUCAGCUGGUCAGCACUACAGAACACUGGCAAAACAUUGAGAUACUGUGUGCAGAGAAUGAAACUGACGAUGGACUACUGUCUAAACUGAAUAAUCUGAAUGGUAGUAAUAUCACAGUGACUAUCAAUUGCACAACCGUUAAUCUUACUAAUCCAGUUGAAAUCUCGAACAUCAAUGGCCUUCGUAUCAAAGGAAGUGGACAAACAACGAUUCGAUGUACAAGUUGUUUCGCGGUUGGUUUAAAUGCAACAAACAUCAGUAACCUUCAUUUAGAGAGCCUAAACAUACACAAGUCUAGUGUCAUGAUAAGUGAUUGCACAAAUGUCACCAUCAAAAGCGUAACAAUUGGCAACAGUACUGGUACUGGAAUGAGACUUCAUAACAACACGGGGACAAUCACCAUAGAAAACUGUACAUUUCGAGGCUGUGCAGUGGACUCUUCAAAGGAGUUGAAUCAAUACACUGGAGGUGGACUAGGGAUUAAACAACUUACAAAGGAAAAAACUUUUAUUUUACUAAGAAAUUGCAUAUUCCUAAACAAUAUUGCAUAUUUUGGUGCAGGAAUGGCCAUUAUUCUGAAGAGCACAACAACAGAUAUUGCUGUAGAGAACACAAUUUUCUGUAGCAACAUAGCUCAAAUAGGUGGUGGAGUUCUGAUUAAUAGACACAAGGGAAGCAACAGCAUAACUUUUAAAAACUGUUCAUUUGAAAACAACAAAGCUGUAGAAGGUGGAGGAACAUCAGUAAUACUUCGUCGCUCUGGGACCAACAAGAGUUCACUUAAUUUUAUGAGAUGUUUAUGGCUAAACAACUACAGACAGGCUAUAAAUCUAAGAAAAGAAGAGCCAAGACGGAAUCUUCAGUUCAUACUAGUCUUUGAUAACUGCAAUUUCACACGAAAUGGAAAUGUUACCAGAGAAAACGAGGAAACAAAUGCUUUUGUCAUCACUGACCUCUCAGUACAAUUUGUAGGGAUGACUGUUUUUGAAAGCAACUUUGGAAGUGCAAUUAAAGCUAUAUCAAGCACACUAAACUUCAAAGCUUUUUCUAGAAUCAAUUUUGUUGGUAACAAAGGCAUCAAGGGAGGAGCUUUGCAAUUGCUGGGACAUAGUGUGAUGAAACUAGAGGAUAGUGUAACUUUAGAAUUCAGAAACAACACCGCCAAAAAGGGCGGAGCUAUCUAUGUGGAUUCAAGUAAAUUUGUUCUAGUAGUCUUGCAGCAGCCAGCUUGUUUUUUAAAAUUGAAUAAAAGGAGCAACAUUUCUAUUACUUUCAGAAAUAACAAUAUUGAAGAAGCGGAAAAGGGGCACAAGGAAGACUCACUAUAUGUUAAGUCACUACUUCCAUGUUUACAAACAAAGACUACUCGAGAUGAAUUUGUAACACUGACACAUAUAAUGAACUUCGAUAAACAUAAAGUUACUGCAAUAGAACGUCAGUUUACAACUGCAGCACAUCAUUUUGCAAAGGAUGAUGAAGUUCAUAACCAUUCAGCAUGCCCAGCUUAUUUCAAUAACGAAAGUGAAUUGGUGAUAAAUGAAAACACCAUUGCUCCUAAGCAGCAAAUGUCUACAGACAGGUUGAUUGUUAUUCCAGGCAAAACAUACACAUUGAAUCUUAAACUAAUCGGUGAACUUUGCAUGGAGGUAUCUUUCCAUGUGUCUGUCAGAAUCAAACAUUCUACAAUGGGAACACUUGGCUGUGAACCAGUAAAUAUUGUAAUCCAUGCUAAAAGUAUCACAUUCUAUGGAUACCCACAAGAUAUUGGGAAAAUAGAGUUAGAAGACACAUUUGCAACUAUUGCACGUAUAACUAUUGACUACGAGAUUGAUGAAUGUCCACCUGGAUACACAUUUGAGUAUGGAAAUAGGAAGUGCAAAUGUGCUGAAAAGAAGUAUAUCGGAGUUUGGGGUUGCCAGGACAAAGAGUUCCGAGCCUGCGUUAAACAUGGAUAUUGGGUGGGGUACUCAAAUGACGAUAAUCGUACACAAGACACUUUAGCAAGUGCGAUUUGCCCACAAGGUUUCUGCAAAGAGUUUACCAGUAGGAACCAUUCAGCCACCGACUGUAAUGAGAAUCUACUUUUACCUCCUGAUAAAAGCGCAAAUAUAAGUUCAUAUGUUUGCAGUGAACACAGAUCUGGCAUAUUGUGUGGAGCAUGUAAAGAUGGCUAUUCUGCCCACUACCAUUCCAAGUUAUUCUCUUGCAAAUCAAAUGAUUCGUGCUGUUGGGGGUGGUUGUGGUAUAUUCUCUCUGAGUUGAUUCCAGUUACCCUACUCUUUUUAGUGAUCAUUUUCUUCAACAUUUCGUUCACAUCAGGACCACUAAAUGGAGUCAUUCUAUUCAUGCAACUAGUGGAUACACUGAAAAUCAAUGCUGAGAAUGCUAUCAAAUUCAAUGAAGAUCUAAAAAUAGUAUCAAAUUUUUAUAAGAUUGUGUAUCAGAUGUUCACCCUAAAUUUCUUUGUUCUUGAUGAAGACCUUUCAUUUUGCCUAUGGAGAGGAACAUCAGCUCUGGAUAUGCUUGCAUUCAGAUACGUUACGAUCACAUACAGUUUGCUUCUAGUCAUUGCUACGAUUGUUUUGCUGAGGAUGUGCUCUCCUAGCAGAAGAAUGCUAAAUCUUAAAAGAUCAAUUAUCCAUGGACUCUCAGCUUUUCUGGUUAUGAGCUACUCAGAAUGUACUCGAGUAUCACUGUCAAUAAUCACUGUAAGUACAUUACACGUUGGUCCGAAUUCAUCUACCGAUAGUUUACAGCGGCACGCUUUCUACAAUGGGCAAUACCCCUACAUGAAGAAAGAGCAUAUAAGAUACGCUCUACCUGCAAUUUUCUUCCUAUUGACACUGGUUGCAAUACCUCCUCUGCUCCUCAUCGCCUACCCCUUGUGCUACAAGCUGUUUGCUUUCUUUAGAAUAGAAGAAUCGAGGUGUGUGCAGAUCACUUGCAAGAUCUUUCCUCUUGAAAAAGCUAAGCCACUCUUCGAUUCCAUGCAAGGUGCCUUUAAAGAUCGUUUUCGGUUCUUCGCUGGACUGUACUUUCUUUUUCGGCUCAUAACUAAUUUGACUUUUGUCUACACCAAAACACUAAGAUCAUACUAUGCAAUAACUGGCAUUCAACUGAUAGGCAUGUGCUUUCUACAUGCCAUAUGUCACCCAUACAAGAAAACCUGGCACAAUAUUUUGGAUGCAACUUUUUUCUUACUACUCGGUGUUAUCAACAUGAUUACCUUUAAUAACUUUGAGCUCUUGUCAUCUAACAAAAAAUUAAAUGAUGUUCCUUACUUAAUUUCAGCAUUCUCCAACAUACAAUGCAUACUGAUACUGCUGCCGUUGGUUUAUCUACUUGCAUACACUGUGUACUGUAUAGCCAUCAAACUCAGUGGUAUUCAGAGAUGCAGGCUAAAAAAGCAGAAAGAACAUGACGAUUCAGACUACAUUUUACACGAGCUGGACACAAGAAGCAUUGACGAAUAAGCUAACUACUACUUUCCUUAAGAAAGACUAUGCAGCAAUAAAAAUAAAAAACAGAAACCAGAAACGUGUAUGUGAUAAAUGCAGUCCGGUGCAGUAGCCCAUGCGAUAAUUGUUGUUAUAGUUCACAUAAUUAUUGCACACUUUUUAGUAUAAUUAUCAGUUGAAUGACUAUUGCAUAUAGUCAUGCA